AUGUCAGGCCUGGCACUUAAAGAUUCUCGCCCCAAAACAAACAAGCAACAAAGAAGCGUCCCAUCCAAGUUUACAACUCGAGUAGAUCUUUUGCAGGUUGAUGAAGCAGAAGACGAGAUAGAUAGAUCCGAUAAAGAAAUACAACGUCAGAGACUGAUUGGUGGUCUCAAUCUACCUGAUGCAACCGAAUUAGGCAAGGAAAACAAUGGCAUCACGUAUUCAUUCCAACGACCGAGUUAUGGCAAAAUGGGAUUGAAAAUGUAUGCUACAGAGGCUGCUAGAUUACAUCAGGAUACUAGUAAUAAUAAUAGCAAUAAUAGUGGUGAUGGUACUCAACCUGGUGGUAGUGCUGCUGGUAGUCGAGACGCUGAUGAUGAGGAAAUGGCACCUCCAGACAAGUACGAUGACGCAAAUGAAGAGGAAGAAUCUAAAAGUGAUGCUGAAAUGGAAGAAGAAGAUGAUCCUAGUCCGCUUAAACGUAAACGUGUCGAGGAAGUCAAUCAACAAACUCGAGAACGACGAAUUAUUGCUAGAGCACUCAAAGACGACGAUGCUGAUUCUAAUGGUGAAUCGUCUGAUGAGGAUGAUGAUGAUGGCGAGGAAUAUGAAGAACAAGCUGAAGACGAAGAAGAGGAGGUCAACGAAGAAGUGCAAACUAUAGGUGAAGCUCAGAAGGAUGCGGAACAACAACAACAAUCAGCCACUGGAGAAACCGCCGCCUUCUUCAAAGUAGCAACUACAGCUCAUAUUACAUCUAAUAAUACCAUGGCAAAACUUCCAUCGCUCGAACCCAAAGUAUAUAAAGAACUCUUGAGCAAAGUCAUAUCACGUCAUGCUCAACAAACCAAGGAGUUAGCAAAGCUUUACGAGUCUAGAUAUCCAGAGUGGUAUUUCAGUCUCUCCUCAGGGUUUAACUUAUUAUUUUAUGGGUAUGGCUCAAAGCGGGAACUCUUGACUCGAUUUGCUCAACGGUAUUGCUCUCGUCACCCUAUACUCGUAGUCAAUGGUUACUUUCCCUCCACCACUAUAAAAGAUAUUCUAGGUCAGAUUCUAGGCAGCGUAGUCAAAUAUCAAGGUCGUAUGGGUACAUAUACAGAUCAGGUCAACACCAUUGCCGAGUACUUUAAUAAUGAAGAACGAGAAUACGACCGAUUGUAUCUCCUAGUACAUAAUAUUGAUGGUCAGAAUCUACGAUCUGAGAAGGCAGUCUCUGCUCUAGCCUUGCUGGCCAGUAAUCCACACAUACACGUCAUGGCAUCGAUAGACCACAUUCAUGCGCCCAUGAUGUGGGAUAGUUUUAAAUCUCAUCAAUUCAACUGGAUGUAUCAUGAUGCCACGACAUAUGAGCACUAUGAUGCUGAAAUGUCGUUUGAGGAUUCUAUACUGAUGAAGACUGGAGAUGACCUGUCUGCUCGUGGGUUUGGAUUUGUCUUGCAAAGUGUGAAUGAGAGUACACGUCGACUCUUCAAGCUGCUGGCCGAGACACAGAUCCAUGCUAUGAAAGAAGACUCACGAACUCGUAAUGAAGCUGAUGAUAAAGCCUAUGACCAUGAUGUAGCAGGUCAUGAUCACGAUGAAUUCCCAACUCUUAAUAAUCACAUGGACACUACUGCUAGCAGCAGUCGACGAAAGGGUAAUGGCAAGGCUAGUACAGGUGCAGGCAGUAAAGCUGUUGCUACUUCGCCUCUGGUCAAUGGUAUUCCAUUCGAUACAUUCUGGGCCAAGUGUCGCCAGCAGUUUAUUGCUCAUAGUAUACAGACGUUUAGACAGCUAAUGACAGAACUCAAGGAUCAUAAACUGGUGCUUAGCAAGCGACGACCUGAUGGACAAGAUGCAUUGUAUAUACCACUAGAUCGAGGUUCACUUGAAGCAGUCAUUGAAGGAAUGUAG